GGACCCGAGAUUCAUGCGCCAACUUCCGUAAUGGGUGCAGACUAGAAAAAAAAACUUUGCAACAGUCGCGAAUUAAUGUACAGAAAUUGAUCCAGAUUUAUUUGUCAUUGUUAUAAACCAUUCAUCAAAACGCCAGCUUUGAGGGAUUGCAGCCAUGGCGGACUACUGCCAAAACUUGUCAGGUUCAGCUCCAGGUAUCAGUGAGAUCCAGGUACCCAGCCAGGACAGCUUCCCGGAGGGUACUGUCAUCCCAAACCGGAUUUUUAUCGCAGGAUUUGACAACAAUGUGAGUGCGGAGGACCUCCAACGCGUCUUCUCCCAGCAUGGCACUGUAACAGAGGUGAAAUUCAAAGUAGAUUUUACAGGACUGUCAAGGGGGUAUGGCUUUGUUACAUUUGAGCACAAAGAAGAAGCUGUGAAGGCCCUUCAUGAUGAGAACGGAAUCAACGUGAACGACAGAAAGCUCACCAUCGCGCCAGCUGUUCUCAAAUACGCGUGUUCUACUAAACUCAAGCGACAAAGCGUGAUCUGCCCAAGAAACCUCCACAAGAACUACAACAGUGUGGCCUACCUCCAACCUCACCCAUAUCAGCCUCCCCCAAUGAUGAUGCCUACGCUGUGUGACUGCUGUGGUUACUAUCACUGUUACCCUUACCACUACAUGGUGCCUUCGCCUCUGUCCACUCCCAUGCAGACUUCUGUGAAUCUGUCUCAUGCCACUGAUUGCGGCCCGGUCCAUAACUUCAUGAAGGAGUUUGCAGACCCUACAGUGCCACACGUUUGUGCUGCAUAUCCACCAAGUCCUGCAGGAGUGCCACCCGGUUUCCAACAACAUAACCCUUAAGAGGCAGUAUUCACCCAUCAGUCGCAUCGACAAGCAUUGAAAACUAAACUACUUCCUGCCAGAUGUUCCAAGUCAUUAUACAAAUGUCCUCACAUGCUAAUUGUGUGUAUUUGGAGGACAUUGUUGACUGAGAUUAUGUUGAGUUGCAAUGGAUUAGUUAAAUUAGCAAGUGUUAAAUUUUUGCAAUGUAAGAUUCCUUACAUUGGUUGCUCAACAUCAUGUUUGUUUUAUGUCGGUGCAGUUCUUUGCUACGUUUUACUCCAUUUUGUUACUCUGCUGAAGUAAGAUUUUAGUAGAAUGUGUGUUGUACUUGAUAAUUACAAAAGUUCAAUUGAGUAGAACUAAUUUGUUGCUUACUCAAAUCAAGUGUAAAACUCUCAUUCUUUUAGGAACAAAAUAAAUAAUUACAGCACAG